GCACGAAGCGAUCACGUUUCGCCGGCGCCAAUGAGCGCCCUGGACAUAUUAUAAAUGUACGGCCUUCUCCUCCAUACACCCCAAGUGCUUCCCCGAACCCUUCUGCAAUGUGGAUCUGAAUGUGAUAACAUCAGAGCGAAGAGGACUCGAAUACCUGUAACGAAUCAGAAAAGUCAAUUUGUGCUGGAGAAUGCGGAUCUCACGGUGUUUCCUGUUUCUGGUAAAAAAAUGUGGCAAUGUCCAGCCGACGAAUUGGCGGAACCAACAUACCUACAAGAUGGCCACUUCAGCCAGCGCCAACCUCAGCAAGAUUGUGAAGAAGAACUACAUGGAGCUGCCCCAGGACGGCAAGGUGCAGGCCAUGUACAUCUGGAUCGAUGGCACGGGGGAGGCUGUGCGGUGCAAAACCAAGACCUUAGACAAGGAGCCCAAGAGCAUUGCUGAUCUCCCAGAGUGGAACUUUGACGGAUCGAGCACGUAUCAGUCAGAAGGAUCCAAUAGUGACAUGUACCUCAUCCCAGCAGCCAUGUUCCGGGAUCCUUUCCGGAAGGAUCCGAACAAGCUUGUCCUUUGUGAAGUCCUCAAAUACAAUAGGAAACCAGCAGAGAGUAAUCUCCGCAACUCAUGCCAGCAAAUAAUGUCCAUGGUCGCAGAUGAGAAACCGUGGUUCGGAAUGGAACAGGAGUACACUUUAUUAGGAACAGAUGGGCAUCCCUUUGGCUGGCCUUCCAAUGGCUUUCCUGGACCACAAGGUCCCUAUUACUGUGGAGUUGGUGCAGACAAAGCUUAUGGCCGAGAUAUUGUGGAGGCUCAUUACCGAGCCUGCCUAUACGCUGGAAUUCAUAUCUCUGGUACCAAUGCUGAAGUGAUGGCAUCUCAGUGGGAGUACCAAAUUGGACCGUGCGAAGAUAUCUCGAUGGGUGACCACUUGUGGAUUUCGAGGUUUAUUCUGCACAGGGUGUGUGAGGAUUUUGGUAUCAUUGCCAGCUUUGACCCCAAACCCAUUCCGGGCAACUGGAAUGGUGCAGGGUGCCACACCAACUUUAGCACCAAGUCCAUGCGAAACGAGGGCGGGUUGAAAUUUAUUGAAGAAUCGAUCGAAAGACUGGGAAAGAGGCAUCAAUAUCACAUCCGUGCCUAUGACCCCAAGGGGGGGUUGGACAAUGCCCGCCGUUUGACAGGCCACCAUGAAACCUCUAAUAUCAACGAGUUCUCGGCUGGUGUGGCAAACAGAGGGGCCAGUAUCCGAAUUCCCCGAUCUGUUGGCCAGGACAAGAAAGGGUACUUUGAAGACCGCCGUCCCUCUGCCAAUUGUGACCCGUACGCAGUCACGGAAGCACUGGUCCGCACGUGCCUAUUGGGCGAGACUGGGGACAAGCCUGUGGAGUAUAACAAAAACUAAACCCGCUAAUGCAGUCAUGGACCUAGCAUUUGUAUCAGUUUGUUUUUUCCCUGGAAGCACAGGACUUUUUAAAGUUUCUAUUCCUACACUGUACAGGUGCUAAAGAGGGUUGUGAGAAGAGGGUGCAAGGGUGAUGGUGGUGUCUGAGUUUGUAUUGUAUUUCUGAACAUAAUUUCUUCUGUUUUUAAUCUGAAAAGUGAGGAACGAUACUUGGGAUAGGACAACAGACUGUUCUCUUAUUUAGAACAGUUAACAUUAAUAACUCUCCAAGUUGACUGGUCAACUUAAGACUGACAGUAACCUGUAAUUUAAUACAGUCAACAUUUAUAUUAAAGCAGGCCUUUUUAUUAAAACUCAGCAUUAAUAUUUUAUGGUCGAGUGACAUUCUCGUUUGCUAACACUUUGGAUCUGUACAGAUCCACAAAUAUUACUAACAUUGUAGGUAACACCAUUUCACUUAUCUUUAACGGUUGCUGACAUUCUUUGGAGAUUGUCCUCAGUUGCUGAAGAUUGGCUCUGUAAAUGGCUGAUCUAGCACUGGAACAGGAUUUUUGAGACCUCUUGUUAGGAUUUUUGACUAGUCCUGUGUAAUUUAUUACAUUGUGUUGAGAACAUGCUUUUUUUUUCAAAAUGAAACUAGAACUCCUUACGAUUUGAAGACACUUUGUAACUAACGUUUCUUUUGUGCAAGUAAUUUUCACUUGGUCUGGUUUGGCCAGUUAAUUUUGCAGUGGUCUUGUCAUUGUUAUAGGGUCCAAGGGUAUCUCAAUGUUGAUGCCUUUGUUUAUUGUACAUUAUCUUAAUGACACCCCAUUUUUAAUGCAUGCCCUAAAAGAUCAAAAGCAUUCAGCUAAUGUAUUAGAAGUUUUACAAAGACAAUUUUUUUAAACUAUAUAUCUGAAUUGUAUGACACUAUCUGACUGUGUUCUAAUAUUUUGGGAGAGAGCAGGAUGUGUUUUGAAGAUAAUUAAUAGGUGACUGGUCCUUCCUGAAGUAAGUUACUGUUCACUUGAACAUUUUUUCUUAAGGCUUUACAGGAAAAUUCAGUUGUAAAUGAAAUUUUUUAUUUCUUUAGAUUCUACCUAGGUACAUUAACUAACUGUGUGUCAGUUCCUCCCAGAGCUGCACUUUUCUGCAACAGUUUCUGAAGCAUGCUGUAAGCAUUGAUGUAUUUUUUUACCGUAUUUUGAUGGUACAGAUUGUUUCAGGUUUUGACAUCACUGUGUAGAUUUCUUUUUUAACUCAGCAAAACAAACAGAACCUUUUAAAAUUGUUGUCUCACUCUGUCUUGUCUUGUAUUUUGAAAUGUUAUUUGCUAAAAUUGAGUAAAGUUGUUUUUAAUCUUG